CCGAAUUAAAGCAGAGUUCUUAUUAAUGUAAACGUAGCUCACACGCACGAGACUAUAGGACAGCUCUAUAUACCGCGCGCGCCGUGCCCCAGGACGUCAUGCACCAUUUUUAGAGAUGCUCUAAAAAUAGAAAUGUGUUGAUGAUGGUUCUGACUGUGAGGAAAUUCACCUUCUUCAGGAUCCGGCAUCUUUUAGCUAUGAUUCUCUCCCUGGCCGCAGUAGCAGCCAUGAGUAGCGGUGGGGGAAGCAGCCUAAACUCCUCCUCCCCCCUCGACCCCUUCGACUCCUCCACCUCCUGGAGCCUCGUCGAGGACCCCUCAAACUCCUCCUCUGAGCCCGUGGUGAGGACCCUGACCCCUGACUUCCAGCCAGCCACCACCGCUGUCGCCAUCCAGGAAGUAAACCCGUGGGACAUCGCGCUGUGUGUCACCGGGACGCUCAUUUCCUGCGAGAACGCUCUGGUGAUCGCGGUUCUGUUCUACACGCCGACUCUCCGCGCGCCCAUGUUCAUUCUGAUUGGUUCCCUGGCCGUGGCGGACCUCAUGGCCGGUCUGGGCCUCAUCUUGAACUUUGUCUUCACGUAUCUGAUCGACAGCUCCGUGGAGUUCGUGACGCUGCUGUCUGUCGGACUUUUAAUCUCCGCUUUCUCCGCGUCCGUGUUCAACAUCCUCGCCAUCACGGUGGACCGCUACCUGUCGCUGUACAACGCCCUGACCUACCACACGGAGCGCACGGUCACCUUCACCUACCUGAUGGUGCUCUUCAUCUGGGUGUUGUGCGUGACGCUGGGUUCGCUGCCGGCUCUGGGAUGGAACUGUCUCCGAGACGAAUCCACGUGCAGCAUCCUGCGACCCGUCACCAAAAUCAACGCCGUGGCCCUCGCCGUCACCUUCCUGCUCGUCUUCGCCACGAUGAUGCAGCUCUACCUGCAAAUCUGCAAGAUCGCCUUCCGCCACGCGCAGCAGAUCGCCGUGCAGCACCAGUUCGUGGGCAUCUCCACCACCAAAGGGGUCUCCACGCUGUCGGCCAUCUUGUGUGCCUUCGGGGCGUGCUGGCUGCCGUUCGCCAUGUACUCCAUCGUGGCCAACUCCAGCUACCCGGCCAUAUACACGUACGCCACGGUGCUCCCGGCCACCUGCUGCUCCGUCAUCAACCCCAUCAUCUACGCUUUCAGAAACCCAGACAUCCAGAAGUCGCUGUGGAUGGCCUGCUGUGGGUGCUUCCCGUCCAACCUGUCCCUCAGACCCAGGACCUCCAGCGACGUGUAGCACGGGAAGGUUGGUUUUCUGUCUGGCACGAUGCUUGACGCUGAGUCAGGGUAGUAGAAGAUAGAGCACGAAGAUGAGGAGGUUGAAGGCUGUGAGGAAGGAGAUUUCCUCGACUCUUCAUAUCAGGGCGAAACGCACGGCUGGCCACGGUAAAAGUGUCACGGGAAGAAGGGUGCGUGGUCAAAAAAAAAAGAUAGAGCUAACACAGAUCAUGUCGAGUGACGAAGGUGGCGUGAAACCAACUGCAAAAGCCUGUUAAAGGUAUCCUCUUGGUGGCGUCAGGUGACUUUUUCCACUGACCUCUUUCGGUUGAGGCCUACUUAUUAAAAAAGUAGCAUAUAUGUGACGGCAGAAUUUAGGCAGAAAUGUCCUCAAAUCUCCACAGGACCUGAGCUUUUUGGAGCACUGCAUGGUUAUGCAACCAGAAGGUGUGAAACAGUCUUAAAAUACUCUAUGUGUUUUCACUGAUGUGUUUGAAAUUAAGUGGAUAAAAAUACAACGAGCUAAAUAUACACAACGAAUGACCUUGAGUUUUCUCAAUGAGCUAUCUUUGCCGUCUAGAAUAUUUCCUCCCCUGAAACAUAUUUUAACAUCGGUGUCCUUGAGCGGAUGCAGAUUAAAGUAAUCAGUGAGUGUAUUCACAGAUAAUGAUGUGGUAUUAUGUGAUAUUGAAAUUAGAUGGUGUCCGUGAUCAUUAGCAUUGCUGCCAAGCCCAUUUUGACUUUUCCCAAUGCCAACAGCACCGUCUGCAUUUUGUCAAAGCCACAAACACAUCUGAGGUAUUCUAACACAGCCUCUCAGAAGAAAUCCACUCCUAACAUGCAGAGAAAACCGCGGUAGUUUGCUCAAACCUAGAGAGGGAUUUCCACAUUUAGCCCCGCCGCGUGUUGUCCUUGGUGUGAUGAAACCAAAUCUGCUCCCCGUCUGAGAAAACAAAACGUGUUUCUCAGCCAGCCGCUGCCUAACUGAAGCAGAGAGAGCACCAAGGACAGCGCCACUGCAGAGCGCUGCUACCCUGGGAAAUGCUUUCUGCUGCGGGGGGGGAAGAGCGCUGGAAAGUAGGCUACAAUGUUCUCUACAACAUCUUGAAUGUGAGACGGGCGUUUAAAAAGGGCCUUUCCAGCUUUAAAAGAGCGGGAUUGCAACACAUUCAGUGUCAACGAAUGUUUAUUUCUUGCAUACAUGAUGCUUAAAUGUGCUUUUAGGAUCAUUCGCCUCAUGCAAGAUGUGUUCCAAACUAUGGGAAAUCAUCCACUAUAGCACGACUAUGACCCUGUCCUUUCUACCCUUCACCGUUCCUGGCCUCUCUUGUAUCUCAGCAGCAGAAAUUAUACAUGAGAAAAGCAAUGUAUGGCCCCAUGAGUGCCAGUAAAGCAAGCCUUCUGACAUGGGCAAGGUGAAAGCAGCUGUAGUUUUUCAGAG